GGGCACCACCCAGAACAUCAACUGAAACCAGCAACGCGCAGACCCACCCUUGCUCAACCGAUUAGCUUCGACAAGCUCGCAGCCAUGGCGCGGUGGCCAGCCGCCGCCGUGGCGUGUGCGCUCGGGGCGGCCCUCCUGGGCAUGCUGGCGGUCACCGCUGACGAGCAAGGUAGCAACAGCAAGUUCACGUGCACGGACACGGAGAAGAAGCGGCCGGGGUGCACGGGCACCUGCCCCGACAGGUGCCCCCAGAGCUGCAUCUCGCUCUGCCCCUCGUGCCAGACAUAUUGCCCUGACCAAGUGCAACCAGUGCGGCCGGCGCUCUUUGUGUUCGGAGACGGGUUUACGGACGUCGGCAACAACAACUACCUAGAGAACAACGAAGUAGGGAACCCUGUAAGAGCCAAUCACUCUUACUAUGGCAUAGACUUCCCCAAUUCCGUGGCCACCGGAAGAUUCAGCAACGGAUUCAACUUGGCUGACUUCAUCGCAAAGGCCAUGGGAUUCGAGAUGAGCCCUCCGCCUUAUCUGUCUCUUAAUAGUCCCACAAAAAUGGAUGCCGGUUUUGCUGGAGUCAACUAUGCUUCGGCGACUUCUGGGAUUUGGAGAGACAUCGACACCGGACUGGACAUCCCACUGAUGGACCAAGUGAAGAACUUCGCGGACACGAUAGGGCAGAUGGGUGCCAACCGUAGCCAGCAAGACCUGAGCAAGAUGUUGUCCAAUUCCCUCUUCCUCGUCAGCACCGGCACCACUGACCUCUACUCAAUCUACAACAUCAACAACAAUGGGGGCUCAGACACUAAAACCAAUGUCCCACACCUCAUCUCCUCCUACGGGGACAGCCUCACGGCCCUGUACAACUUGGGCGCGAGGAAGUUCGGUAUCAUCAACGUUCCGACCUUGUGCACGGCGGUGGUGCGCCAUGGCUGCGAGGGCCUCAUUACCAGCCUCCGCGUGGAGUUCAACGACGGCAUCAAGCCACUCAUGGCCGGCCUCGCCUCCAACCUCAGUGGCCUCCGCUACUCCAUCGCCGACUUCCACGCCUUCUCGGAUGCAGUCAACAUGAAUCCAUCGGCCUACGGGUUUGUGAACACCGGGGGCGCGUGCUGCCAAGGCUCCUGCGCACCUGGUUCUGGGCUGCCGUGUGCCAACCGCUCGCAGUACUGGUAUUGGGACGAGGAGUACCCGACGGAGCAGGCCGCUAAGCUGGCCGCAUCUGCGUUUUUCAAUGGCACAACCCAAUUCACAACACCGAUGAACUUCAAGAUGUUGAUCAACCAAAAGUGAUAUUUCUUUAUGUUUCCGACUUACCGUAUCCAGAAAUAAAGUGAGUCGUCUAUGUGAGACUUAUAUUGCCAUUUGCCAUGAGUUCGUAGGUCAUCAAUUUGACUAACGAAAUAUAUGUUAUAUGCCACCAAAAUUAUAAGAUAUACUUUCGGUUUUGUGAGAAAAAAUGAUAUGCUUUUGAUCGUUAGUCAACAUUUUUUUUCUUUUGCGGGUAGUUCGCAAAUUGAGUAUCUAAAAACUAGAGGGAGUACUGGAGUGUAUCUGUAUAUGGACUACGCAAAAGGAACAGGCUCAAGUGUGUGCCGGAAUUAGUGUAAGGGCACUGUUGGUGCCUGUGUCUAUUUGUACUAUUAUUAAACAGGGAUAUAGAUACAACUUACCUAAGUAUUGUAUUGUACAAUAUCUAAUAAAUUAAAUAAUGCCUUGUGUCCACAUUUUGUACUGUCUAAUAAUUCACAAAUCGCAUGUAGUGAGAUCAUUCUAGCUGCUGGUGGCAAUGGUGCCAGGAUGGUGGAAACGCCGAACUGAUCGAGGGAAAAAGAAGAAAGGACCGGCAGAGGGUGCGCGCUGGCCCGGAAUUAACAGUAAACUUGACGCGCGCAUUGAUCAGAGCAAAGAGAAAACUGACCGGAGUUGAAGAAGAAGGCCCGGCUAUCGACUGCACUCCCAAGCGUCUGUCUACCCUCAUACGUAGCUGAUGCAUCGCAUACACUGCAGUGUGCCUUCAACCCAACUACCAGAGCAUCCUCCGGUCUCAUUUGAGGCGUGGCAGCUCGGCAGACCAUGUGGGAAGGGGGCAGGAGGAGGGGGAGGCUGGCACAGCUCCAUGGCCAUCGUGUCUCUGAAUGAUCGGCCUCAAUGAAACACGGCUGAGGCACCGAACAGCGAACGCAAGCGCAAAUUGGACAAUCUCUGCCCGUCUGAAUAUAUUGUGUGCUCAGUUUGGUGGAUUUGCCAGUCACGAAUGGGGCAGUUAACUCUGCAUUCCAAGCCCUCACACCAGCCACUGGUGUGCCACGCUUAGAUUCCAGACCACACAACUUGCUAUUCAAACACAAACCAGUCUGCAAGCAUGCGAGCUUAAA